GGUCUGUGUCACCUAAUAACACAUUAAGCCGCUACCAAAACAAAAACGUAACCGGUUUUAAACGCUGGUGAGCGGGUCAUCCCCAAAACCUUAGCUCUCUGAAAAAACAUUGUCAAAUCGCUCACGAAGAUCACGUUUUAAAUGAUGAUUAGGCUUUCCAGUACCAAAAAACAUUUUGGUUUCAAGCGGUGGUUUAUAUAUAUAAUAAUAAUUCAAGCAUAUUUAUUUUUUGUACAUGUCAAAGCAAUUAACUGGGGUUUAAUCAAAUUGAAAAAAAUAUUUUUAAAGCACAGCUAGUUGAAUAAUUUUAAGGGAGGAGAUACAACUAUGACUCAUAUCAAAGCACAUUUUAAUUUAAAAAAGUGACAAACCCGAUUUCAGAUGUGUUAAAUACUCAAUUUUAAAAAUAAUUUUUUUAUGUAUGGUGUUUUUGGAAAAUUUUCACUAAUACUUUGUGUGUUUAAAUAAAAACAUACAUAUAAAUCUCAGUCCUAACUAAAAAUAUCUUCUCGACCACUGAAUUAAAUGUUACUUUACCCCAAACUGCAUAAUCGGUGUGUAAGCAAACCUGCUUGAUUCCCACGCAAAAGUGUGAACAACGUUUAUUUUGCCUUCUAAAUUGAUGGUGUCCUUUUGGAAAGCCGGAAGCAAUCUCCUGGCUGGAGGCCUGCAUUUCCUCAUUUCUACGACAGUGGGUUAGUGGCAUCCAACUGAGCACUGGAGCACCUUCACCAGUGCAGUGGAAUGCCAGCCAAGAGCCCACUUGGCCGAGAGUCAGGCCAGAGUGAAAACCAGUUUGGGGCGCUAAAGAGCGGGUCAGCCCCCGCUUAAGCUCUCUUAGCGGUUUCGGCGGUUGGCUUCGCUGCCGAAAUAUUACGAUUUUGCACAUUCGCCAAUUGGUCUUGGGAGUCUGAAGCAGUCGCUCGGUGUCUGAACAACGUAGUCGCGCUUGCCCAAUAAACCGACCCAGUAUCACCUGUAUUCCCACCAGCGAUGAGUGAUUAGUGAGUGAGUGAGUGCCACAGACUGCAGUGACUCCAAACGGAAAGGUCAGUGGCUUAGUGACCCCCAAGUGAAUCAGCCGCAAUGAGAUUGGUCUGGCUGCAGCUCCUGGCUGCUGGGGGAGCCCUCUACCUGACCAUCGGUUGUGCAACGGCCGCCAAGGCAUCCACAACAAGCCGCGGAGUUGCACAAUACAAGCUCCCGCUUCCAGCUCCACUGCCAGCCCAAGAGACUGCGGUGGCUUCAGGAGCGGAUCAACAUCAGCCCAGGCGGCAGCAGCAGCAGGGUGCAUCCAACCAGCGGAGUCGCAAUCAGGUGGUCCGGCGACGCAGACCCACCCCAUCCACCACAACCACAACAGCCACCUCCACCAGCACCACCACCACCACAACAACAUCAACCACAACCACCACAACUACUCCGCGUCCCAGCUUGGCCAACGGCUUCAACUUCUUCAAUCCGAACUUCUGGAGCUUCGGCCGGCAGAGUUUGGUGGCAGUGCGUCCGCCCACCAAACAGCCCCAUCCUCCCAAGAAGUUCAGUCCCAAGGAGGACAAGUCCAGUCAGCGCAAGCCGCCUAAGACCACUAGGAAACCUUUGUCCAACACAUCAAGUAGAACUUCUACUAGCACCUCUACAACAACCACAUUGAAACCCUCUACUGAUGGACCAUUCCGGAUUGCCCUGCCCACCCUGAACUUUCCCAGCGAUGACAAGGAUAAGGAAAAGGACAAGGAGAAAGGCAAGCGGGCGGCUGCCGAGCUUCGAUUAAGGUUCGAUUGUCCCCGGGAGAACGAGGUGAGGUUCCAGCUCUUCCCCAAAAUUUGCAAGACGGAUCGGGACUGCGCCGUCUGGCAGAGGGAUGAACUGUGCUGUGACAUUUUUGGAGCCAGCAGCUGUGUCUCCGGCGUUCCAAAGCCCCUAGAGGAGACGCCACAUGCUCCCAUCCUGGGCUUGAUACCUCGCAAGUGCCCCAGUAGACCGCUGGCGGAGCUCUGGUGGGAUGUCCAGGAGUGCAGCAACGACAUGGACUGCUGGCCACGGGUCUGUUGUCCGGAUGGACGGAGGAGGUACUGCCGCACCUCGCAGCCGGAGCUGGAAACGGCCCCAGUGCCUGUUAAGCGCUCUUUCGACUAUCUUUCGGAGUACCUAGAGUGCACGGCUCCGCCCCCGCCAAUUUUCGAUCUGCACCCCAAGGCGUGCACCUCCACUUUGGACUGUUUUCCGAACGUGUGCUGCCAGGAGGCGGGACUCCGGCACUGUCGACCGCCCAAGAAGUCCGUGCUCACGCUAAUGGCCAAUUUCCUGAACGUGGACUUUGUGAAGCGACUGGCCCAGAACAUCGUUAUCAAGUAGGCCGCGAAUUUCCCUCUAUUUUGUACCUAGGUUGCUUCGCGCACCUUCAAUAGAACCGUUUCGAAACUGCCGUGAUAUCUCGCCCGUAUUUGUUUGGCCCCGCUGAUAACCAAAAAGAAGUCAUGUCCAUACAUACGUUUUAUACACGUUUCUACUGCGCACUAAGUGUACCCAUUCGAUUCCCCGUAAUCCUCCAUUAAUGUUCACCUAGCCUAGUAUUAGACAUAAGCUGCAUUCGUAGGCUAACAAAUUAAAUGCGAACCAUAAACUCUGA